CCGCGGGGUCAGAUCCCGGCCACGGCCCUGCUGCCCACCAUGACCCCCGACAGGCUGGCCGUGACCCCCACGCCCGUGCCCGUGGUGGGCAGCCAGAUGACCCGGCAGGCCAGGAGGCUCUACGUGGGCAACAUCCCCUUCGGCAUCACCGAGGAGGCGAUGAUGGAUUUCUUCAACGCCCAAAUGCGCCUGGGGGGCCUCACCCAGGCCCCCGGGAACCCCGUCCUGGCCGUGCAGAUCAACCAGGACAAGAACUUCGCCUUCCUCGAGUUCCGCUCCGUGGACGAGACCACCCAGGCCAUGGCGUUCGACGGGAUCAUCUUCCAGGGGCAGUCGCUGAAGAUCCGGCGCCCCCACGACUACCAACCCCUGCCCGGCAUGUCCGAGAACCCCUCGGUCUACGUGCCCGGCGUGGUGUCCACGGUGGUCCCGGACUCUGCUCACAAACUCUUCAUUGGGGGCCUCCCCAACUACCUGAACGACGACCAGGUGAAGGAGCUGCUGACGUCCUUCGGGCCCCUGAAGGCUUUUAACCUGGUGAAGGACAGCGCCACCGGGCUGUCCAAGGGCUACGCCUUCUGCGAGUACGUCGACAUCAACGUCACCGACCAGGCCAUCGCGGGGCUCAAGCGGGAUGCAGUUGGGGACAAGAAGCUGCUGGUGCAGAGGGCGGCUGGGGGCCAAAACGCCACCCUGGUGAGUGGGGGCUCCCCAAACCUGGGGAGCACCAUAAACCAGACCCCGGUGACGCUGCAGGUGCCGGGGCUGAUGAGCUCCCAGGUGCAGAUGGGCGGCCACCCCACCGAGGUGCUGUGCCUGCUCAACAUGGUGCUGCCCGAGGAGCUGCUCGACGACGAGGAGUACGAGGAGAUCGUCGAGGACGUGCGCGACGAGUGCGGCAAGUACGGCACCGUCAAGUCCAUCGAGAUCCCCCGGCCCGUGGACGGCGUCGAGGUGCCAGGCUGUGGGAAG